CAACCCCUUCACAAAUACUCUCCCCGGCCCAAUGUAUUUUCACUGUCCUAAUCUCUUCAUUUCCUUCUCUCUCGCUCUCUCUCUCUCUCUCUAAAAUGUCACUGAUGCUGGACAACUGUGAGAGCAUACUGCUCUCUCUAGACCCUCAACAGCAUAAAUCUUCAGUCCCGGCCCCGUUCCUCACGAAAACAUACCAUCUGAUAGACGACCCCGCCACCGACCACAUAGUCUCCUGGGGCGAAGACGACGCCACCUUCGUCGUCUGGCGGCCGCCGGAGUUCGCCCGCGACCUCCUCCCUAACUACUUCAAGCACAACAACUUCUCCAGCUUCGUCCGCCAGCUCAACACCUACGGUUUCCGAAAGAUUGUGCCAGACAGAUGGGAAUUCGCGAACGAGUUCUUCAAGAAGGGGGAAAAACAACUGCUCUGCGAGAUCCACCGGAGGAAAACCUCUAGCCCCACGCAAAUCGCCGCGAACCACCACCACCAAUACCCCCAUUCCCCCACCGCCUUCAGCCCCACUUUCUAUAAUUACCCAACCCAAUUCAGCACCUCGCCGCCCGAUUCCUCCGAGGAGUGGUCAGACUCUCCACCCUUCACGGCCACCAACGGCAUCAGCUGCUACAACACCACCACCACCACCUCGGCCACGGCGCUGUCGGAGGAAAACGAGAGGCUGCGGCGGAGCAACAACAUGCUAAUGUCGGAAAUCGCGCACAUGAGAAAACUGUACAACGACAUCAUCUACUUCGUGCAGAACCACGUGAAGCCGGUGGCCCCGAGCAGGAGUACUAGUUUUCUUGUUGCCGCGCCACCGAGGGUCCAGAAGUACGAUCAGGUUCAGGGAACGGGCCGGUCGUUUGAUUACUACUCGGGCGGAGGAGAAUUGACGGUAGGUGAUGAUGAAAUGGGGACCAAGUUGUUUGGGGUGAAUUUGCAAUCGAAGAAGAAGAGAUUGCACGCGGAUGAGUAUUGUUCGUCUGAUUUGGAGAUUAGUAAAGCUCGUUUGGUUUUGGAGAAGGAUGAUUUAGGGUUGAAUCUCAUGCCUCCUUCCCCUCGUUAGCUAUAAUUAACAGUAGAUUUGUAGACCCAUGAGGUUUUUUUCUUCUUCUAAGUAUUUCUUUCCUUACUAUAAUUAGUUUGAGUGCUCUCUCU